UGUUCUCUCCCACAUUUGUUUUCUGUGUUCUGACGUCAGCAACCUGCAACUGAACGAAUGAACUAACGGAGCACCGAGCACCUACCGGAGCUACCGGGAGGCAGUAGUGUUACAGAGUGAGUCGCCCGCCCGCCCCGGAGGAGCCAAACAGAAGAAGGUCCACUGUGCGCCGCCGUGAGAACCGAGCAAUGCGAGCGCUGCUCACCGCCGCCCAGUAACGCAGAAUAGACGAGUGGAAAAGAAGGGAACCGUUAUCGUGAUUUGCUAACGGGGAAAAAAAAAAGAAAAAGAAGAGAGACGGACAACGGACAGACCACCUCCGAGACCACGCUUGAGAAGCAACCAGCUGCGGAGGCUAUAUUGUCUUGUUGUUGCGCUGUGGAUCAAACUGAGUGGAUCCUUGAUUUUAAUGCUUUAAGGGUGCUUCGUACCCGGCUUGAGCGAGAGGGAGCUGCUUAGAAAGAAACAGAGGGCUCAACAGAGGGAUCGAAGCCAGAGCAGAGAAAAAGGGGGGUAAUAAACCAAGAAAGGAAAGGAAAACAAGUUGUUUUACGUUUAAUUCAUUCAUCUAAUUAUUGCGCUUUCUUCCGUGGAUCCCGCUACCAGUACUCUAUCAAGCUGUGUUCUCUAACCAUGGGAUGUACUCUGAGCGCAGAGGAGAGGGCGGCUCUGGACCGGAGCAAAGCCAUCGAGAAAAACCUCAAGGAGGACGGUCUCACCGCGGCCAAAGAUGUUAAAUUGCUGCUGCUCGGGGCUGGAGAGUCAGGGAAAAGCACCAUCGUCAAACAGAUGAAGAUCAUCCAUGAGGACGGUUUCUCUGGCGAUGAUGUAAAGCAGUACAAGCCCGUUGUUUACAGCAACACCAUCCAAUCUCUGGCCGCCAUCGUCCGCGCCAUGGAUACACUGGGCCUGGAGUACGGAGACAAAGAACGCAAGGCGGAUGCUAAGAUGGUGUGCGAUGUGGUCAGUCGUAUGGAGGACACGGAGCCUUAUUCUGCCGAGCUGCUCUCCGCCAUGAUGCGUCUGUGGUCUGACUCAGGCAUCCAGGAGUGCUUCAGCCGUGCCCGAGAGUACCAGCUUAACGACUCAGCGCAGUACUACCUAGACAGCCUAGAUCGGAUUGGUGCGGCAGACUACCAGCCCACAGAGCAGGACAUCCUGAGGACCCGAGUGAAGACCACAGGCAUCGUUGAGACACACUUUACCUUCAAAAACCUUCAUUUCAGGCUGUUUGACGUGGGAGGCCAGAGGUCAGAGAGGAAGAAGUGGAUUCACUGUUUUGAGGAUGUCACAGCCAUUAUUUUCUGUGUGGCACUCAGUGGAUAUGACCAGGUGCUGCACGAGGACGAGACCACGAACCGCAUGCACGAGUCUCUGAAGCUGUUUGACUCCAUCUGUAACAACAAAUGGUUUAAUGAGACUUCCAUCAUCCUCUUCCUGAACAAGAAGGACCUGUUUGAAACCAAGAUCAGCAAGUCACCACUGUCCAUCUGCUUCCCCGAAUACGCUGGUCCAAAUACUUACCUAGAGGGAAUAGGCUACAUUAAGUCUCAAUAUGAAACCAAGAACAAGUCACCCAGCAAAGAAGUCUACUCCCACGUGACCUGCGCUACAGACACCAACAACAUCCAGUUUGUCUUUGAUGCUGUCACUGACGUCAUCAUAGCAACUAACCUGCGUGGCUGUGGCCUGUACUGAUGAUGAUGCUGUUAAACUUUGGCCAAUGGAUGAUGGGUGUUUGACUUGUAUGUGAGAGACCCAGUCAAAUGUUGGAUCUGGGCUGUGUUCAUAAUGUCGUCAUACCAAUUUCUUACAUGGCUGGCCAAUGGUCAUGGUUGGUUGGUUGGUUGGUUGGUUGGUUGGUUAAGACCUCGUAUCCUUUCCUAUGCAUUCCUAAAUAAGAACCAUCUUUUAAUUGUACCUUCAUUCAAAUCUGUUGGUAUGCUGCAGAGAUUUUGCACAAUACCUGCAGCUGAUGCUCCAGUAAUGACAGACUUAUGUAUUCAAAUUGAGCUGAAUGCAGGACAGUGUACUGAAUCACUCUUCUGUCAGGUGUAUUUGCUUUUUUUCUUUUCAUUUUAGUUUGUGUAUUUAUACUUUUGUGUCUUGAAUUUGUGCCUUAGUUUUACCAAAAGUCAGUGCAAAGUUCAUGGAAAUAGUCGUAAUAGGGGUCAGGUUUAGCUAACACAAAGCUAAAAUUAAAACUGCCUUAAUUACAUGCUUGAGAUUUCAAAUACUAAGUAUUAAUUUCAGAGUUACUAAGUUAAUUAAAACUGAAUUCAUCAUGAAAUAUUUUCAGAGUAGUAGAGUUUUGCGGGAUUCAAUUGAUUGAUUUCACAGCAGAGUUGUCCCUGCUAAGGCCAUGUGACUGGCCGAUUAGUAAAAAUAGGGGAAUAGUAACAACAACACACUAACAACUUCACAUUUGUCAGCUACACAGCUACGCAUGUGGUGCAACAAGAGAUUCACAUCAUGAACUGUUGAUGCGAGGCAGGAUGGAUGCAUGCAUUCAUGUUGCUUCUGCCAAAUUCUGACUCUACCGCCUGAAUGUUGCAGCAGACAUUGAGGCAUCAGACCGGGCAACAUUUUUCCAGUCUUCUGUUCUAAUUUUGGUGAGCCCAUGUGAAUUGUAGCCUCGGUUUCCUUCAAUUUUGCUGACAUCAGCGGCACCCGGAGUAGCACCCUUCUGCUGGUUCGGCGUGUUGUGCGUUCAGAGAUGCUCUUCAACCUACUUUGGUUGUAAUGAGUGAAUACUUGAGUGACUGUUGCCUUCCUAUCAGCUCAAAGCUAUCCGGCCAUUCUCCUCUCACCUCUGCCAUCAACAAAGCGUUUUCUCCUGGAGAACUGUAGCUCACUGAUAUUUCUCAUUAUACAACAACUGCAGAUUAAUUAUACUUUGCAUGUGGACCCUCAAAUUAGCACAAUCACACCAAACCUGAGGAAGCAGGGAAAUCAUCAGCCAGUCAUGAUGCUAAAUGUAUUCAGACCAAAGAUAAAGUCAGUUAUAAAACAUUGGUGAGUACUAUUCUGCUUUUCUGCAGACUGCAGACAAACACUGGGGCAAACAGAGUGAAUUAAUGAGCCAGUUGUGAUUUUGUUUUUCUCAUUUUUCUGCAUUAAAAUCCCCUCUAAAUAGAAUCACAUCAUUCUAAACAUUCAGGCUUUAAAAAACAUAGCAUGUCUUAAGAAUUUCACAUAAAAUCUUACUGCUGUAGCCUUUCAUCUAUUUAUUUGAAGGUUACAUAUUUUUGGUCCUUGUAAGUAUUGGUAAACCUCAUAAUAUUUUUGUUUCUCCUUUAACCUAAUUUUAUAGUUUAUAUUGAUUCAUGAAAAGGAUGUUAUUGCUUGAGCAAUGCUGCUGUCAUCCCCGCAGAUGUCAUUUCUGGUCAGGGGCUCAUCUUGCUUCUUGCAUGGGAACACUAUAAAAUCACUUAAAACAAAGAGCCACGGAAGCUUGUGCUGACUCCAGACAGUUUCCAAGAUAAUGCUUCAGCGGAAGCAUCGAUUUUAAGGGGCACCGGGGCUGCAAACAUUCUGUCAGGCUGCACUGUGCAAUAUCCCUGUUGUCCACCACUCCGCCUUAAUAAGCCAGAGGUGAGCUUUGAAAGAUUACCGACUGAUGAGUACAUCUGGUCCUCUGGGACAAGAAUGCAGACUCUGUGACUAUUAUCAUAUUAUCAUAUGAUGCUUUCCUUUUUGCUGAUUGAGUUGUUAGAUGUCUCACAGCUUUUAAAAAAUUGAGGUUUUGUGUAUAUUGCACAGCUAAGAUGAAUAGAAAAGUGAUGGGUGCAGUUCAGACUGGAGCCUGGGAGAGAUUUGUACAAUACUAGAGAUGUAUCAUUAGUUUCUCUGUGCUCUGUAUAGCCAGCAGUUGACACCAUCAUAUAGAAAGUGUCUGUGGGACUGGGUGGAACUGACUAAGCUGAGUGUGCUUGUAACUCGCAGCGCUCUGUGGCAAACAGAGUUAGAGUCAUCUUUAUUUAUUUAUGAGAUGGGCAUUUUUGCUUUAUUCCACAUUCAAGCACAAGGUGUGCUCCCUCUGCUUUUUUUUUUUUAGAACAGGUAGCUGUCAUCAUCAGCCCAUUCUUCCACAUCUGUGCCAAAUUUCUUAAUUAGAGACAGAGAGCUCCCUAAGGCUGUUGAUCAGCCCGCCUUGUGUGUCUGUACUGAUGUGUGUUUUGUGUGUGCAUGUUUUCAGAUUAUAUAUAAUUACCUACGUGUGUCUGUUGAUAGUACAGAAAAGGUCACUGUGCGUGUGCGUGCACGCAUGUGCGUGCUUGCGUAUGUGUGUUUCUACGCGCUCUCUGACUUGUGUGUUGUGUAAGAGACAACAUCAGCCCAUGGGUGCUGUGGUGGAGUCAGCAUCUGUGGAUUAAUUACCCAGAGGGCACCUAUCUACCCUUUCAGCACAGACAAGUCCUAGACACACACACGCAGACACACGCGCUGAAGAAACAAACACACUCAUGGGACUUCAAAAUGUCACAACACCUUAGCUGCCUGUGCCAAAUAAUACCACCGUUUCCAACCAAAGAGACUCAGAUGGGGGUUUUAUUGCCAAACAAGCUGCUGCAGCGACUGCUGAAGGCAUUUAAUCAUCGUCUCCUCCGACUUAUCUGUUACAUGUCGUGAAAGGAAAAUUAUCUUUCUGCAUUCUGUGCGACUGUUUACUUUUCGCUCUCCUGACUGGUUACACUGUGCAUAAAGCGUCCCUCCUUUUGUAAUACUUUUGCAGGCAAAAAAAGCAUGGCAUUUAAUGUCGACAUGCUGAAACCAGUCAACAAAUCUGUGCUUAAUCCUGUUGGUCAAAAAAUAAAAGCUGUUCUAUAUAUAUGCAGAUCUGUGCUUCAAGCCAAAAUAACAAACUGUUCUUCAAACCUUACGCAACAGUUGAAUCAUCAUCCACAGAGUUAAAAUAUGAUCCUGCCCGGUCUAUGCAGUGCAGAGGUUAGUACCCUAAAACUCCUUACAUCAAUUAUUUUUCACUGUGCUUAUGCCUGUGAUACGCCUAGUAGCAUAACUGUUUGUCUACACAGAAAGCAAUUCAGUUCUCCAUCUCUCAUGCAUCUGAUGCAACAGAUACACUUCUGUUUAAUCACUCCAGCUGUGGCAUAAGUCUGGAUCCACCCUGUGUUGGUGUUCUGCAGCGGUGCUUCUCAUGCUACACCUCCUGGCAGCCAUAAGCAACCAGUCCGGUGAAAGUUUCAUCCACAUUAAGUCAGUGAGCUCCAAUUAACACACAGAUGAAAGGAAAUCCUUACAUUUGUGUUGCCUUCAGGGUGACAAUGACAGCACAGUGUUUGAGCUUUGUCUUCCAACUGAUUUCAUGCUUGUGUUAACCUCGGGCAUCACACAGAACUAAGUGAAUUCACGCUUCUGCUGUUUUCCAGUGGCAUACAAAAGUGGUUAGAGCGAUAGCCGAUGCAUUUAGGAAUUUGCCCCUAAAUCUAUUCACAAUAUGCAUCACUUGAAUUUAACUGCAUUUUUGCACAUCUUUGUCUUUUGUGACAAAUCUGUAGCAAAAGAUGAAGAUAUAGUGCAGAUAGCUUGCUGAUAGUUUAUGCAGAAAUUUCCACGUCAUAAUUUACUGAAGUUGAGCUAAAACUGGCAGAUUUUUUUAAAACUGGAAGCAUUUCACUAGAGACUAUAAGUUAAGGUGUACAUAAUGAGAAAAAAAAGAUAGAAGCCAGCUCAUUGCAUAAUUAAAAGUGCAAAACUAAACCGCCUUUUUUUUUUUAUUGGAGGUGAACAGCUUAAGUGCUCUUGCUUCUGCUUCACCUGCAGUGUUUAGAACUGUCUCGUUGUUUUGUGACAUGGAACAGGCCCACAAAAUGAGAAAUGUGUCGUCCUUCACGUUGUCAUUAUUUUUUAGACCUCUUUGUUUUUGCGGCAGUGAAGCAAUUAGUGGUUUACAAGGUGAAGAUAGGAAUGUUGUGCAUAUGUGUGGUGUGUGUGUCCUUUACACAACCUGUCACCACUCAUGAUGAGUUACCAAUGAAUCCCAAGAAACAGGAAAAUUAUAUUAGCAGGCAAGGUCAAGAGGAUGAGAGGAGGGCGAGUACGUAGCAAACAGUCAAUGUCCUGCUUGCGUCCCAGCGGUAAAUACUGAAUUCCUACAGGCUGCACUGAAGGACAGAUUUGUGGGUAAUUUAGGCGGGGUUUGUUUGCUUUGUUGUGCUGUGUGGAUAACACAAUCAGUAGCCUAUUCAAAGCUGGGGACAGCAGCCUGGCUGCUUUUCUGGGCAGCAGGUGGUGUCACAAAAGAAAUGUUAGCACCUUUUGCCAUGUCAUUGCCUGAGCAGCAUAAAAAGCUGUUGAAAUGUCACAGUGGCAGCCAAAUGAAGAACUAUUCCAAACGUCAGUAUCAAAUCUUUCCUAUGUUGGAUUUAAAUGAGCUCCUGUGGUGUGUUUUUGCUGACUUAUUUAUACUGCACUUCAGAUUUAGAAACAGAGCUUUGCUUGUAAAUGGUUUUGAGUCAUCUUUUAACAUUCACUCCCUGCUAAACCUUGCCAAGUGAUGAGAGGGAGGUCCCUGCUCUGCUGCUGAACCGGAGAGCUGGGGG